GUCAGGCGUAGUUCGGGUAGGACGCACUCGACUUCACUCACUUGACAUAUUGGAGCUAACGAAGCGCAGCAAAACUUUAAGGAUUAAAGGAAAAUAGACUGCCACCACACAAGAUGGCUAUCACCGAAUUCGAUUCCGUGUUUAACCACAUCGGAGGAUUCGGCCGGUACCAGAUGGGAUUGUUUGUCGUCAACUGUAUUAUGAACGUCUUCCUGGCUUUCAUCUACUUUGGUCAGAUGUUCAUGACCUUGACGCCCCCUCAUUGGUGUCGUCCACCUCCUGGUCUCCAGGAGCUUAACUUAACCCAAGAGGAGCUGAUGCACCUCACGAUACCAAAGGACAACACCAGUGAAAAGUUCCUUCAGUGUAGGAGAUAUGACGUUGACUUCGUUGAGGUGAGGAACAACAACCACAGCUGGCCCAACACUUCCUGGCCCACCGUCAAGUGCACUCACGGCUGGAACUACGACUACUCCUUCUACUACCCUACGAUCACUUCACAACUUGACUGGGUGUGCGAUGACGAUUGGCUACCCACCUUGUCUCAGUCGCUAUUUUUUGUAGGGUCGCUCGUUGCCUCGCCACUGCUGGGCUGGGCGUCAGAUAAGUGGGGUCGACUCCCAAUAAUUGUGUCCACCAACAUGCUGGGAGGCGUGGCAGGAAUAAUCUCUGCCUUUUGUUCUUCCUUUGUCUCCUUCACUAUCUUCAGGUUCAUCGUUGGCAUGACUUAUGAUACGCAUUUUAUGGUCACUUAUAUACUUCUGUUGGAAUAUGUGUCGAGUGAGUACAGAACGGUGAUGGCCAACGUGCCUAUCAUGUUCUUCCUGACGGCAGCCAUGUGUUCGAUGCCUUGGAUAGCUCUUGGAGUCGCUAACUGGUCAACCUUCGCCAUCAUCAUCCACGCUCCUCAGUUAAUCUCUCUCUUCUUUAUCUGGCUGGUUCCCGAGUCUGCCCGUUGGUUGAUCAGUAAAGGUAGAACUGAUGACACCGUUAAGAUCCUGAAAAAGGCGGCGAGCGUCAACGGCAAAACUCUCACCCCAGAUUUUUUAGAGGAGUUCAGGGAAUAUGGAUCAAAGCAAGCUAAAAACGAUGAGUCUACCGCUACAGUUAUGGACCUGUUGAACACACCGGUGCUGAGGCGACGGUUCCUAGUCCUCUGCAUCAUGUGGAUGGUGAUUAUAACGGCAUACGACGCUCAUAUGAGAAACACGAAAAACAUCGGUGGCAACGUGUUCGUCACCUUCACUAUUGCCGGGUUCGUGGAGCUGCCAGCAGACUUUCUAACGAUGGUGUUCGUGGAGAAGUUAGGACGUCGCCACACUACCGUCUUCACUCUCAUCUUUGGAGGCUUAGCUUGUUUCAUCAUCGCUGGCAUUCCCGAGGUCCAAAAAAUUUCUUUAAUGUACAACUUUAAUCAAGACAAAAUGUAUCAAUUGUGGUUUGUAAGAUCAGGACAACAAUACCCUGUGGAGGUGCUGCCUACGGUGGCUCGUGGCUCUGGCUCAAUGGCUAUACAUACUGUUGGCUAUUUGGCUGCUUUUACCUCUCCGUACAUCGUCUACCUGUCCAAGUUUGGCUACUACCUGCCUUACUUGGUGAUAGGUAUGAUCACAGUAGCAGGCGGUCUUUGUUGCAUCGGGCUACCAGAGACGCUGAACCAAAUUCUCCCGGACUCCCUGCAAGACGGUGAGACCUACUUCUGUGACCAGAGCUUCUUCUAUAACCCCUGCUACAGGAAAAAUGAAGAUGUCCAGGAAGACGUCAUUACAAUGGCAGGCAUGAAGGAAGGUGUGGACAACGCUAGUUGCUUAGAAAAUGUCGACAAAGGCACAAACAAGGAGAUUUAACCAGUGCACGCUGUUACCAUUUCCGAGUCCCUCCCCUCCAGGACCACCAACACCUGUUCUUCACGUCUACAUUUUUAUAUAUAAAUGAUAUGAUUGUUAUCCCCUAUUCAUAUUAUUCCAUUGUGCAUGUAUGCAGACAUUUUUUAAUAAGAAUUGUCAGCUGUUAGGGACACAAUUAUAUAUUACGAUAUUA